AUGUCGACGGUCGCCUCCAAGAACCUUUUCGACCUCCUCGGUAACGACGUGGAGGGAGAUGAAGCGCCAUCAGGCCCUGUGAAGACGGUCGACAAGACCACGAUGCGCGGCACCAAGCGCAACGUCGAGCCCCAAGGCCCCGCGAAGUCCGCUACCAACACCGGAGCUCGUCGUGCUGGUCCUGGAGGCAACGAGGGAGCCUACCGCGACCGCAAUGCCGGUGCCGCUAACAACUACCGCAAGCCUACUGAUGAAGCUCCACGAGGCGGUCCUCGAGGUGGUCGUGAAGCUCGCGUACGAGGAGGCCGCGGCGGCCGAUUCCCUCGCGACCGUGAUGACCGACACACUAGGGGUGGUGCAACUGGCUCUGAGAAGCAGGCCGCCCAAUCUUGGGGUGCUACAGAAGGCAAUGCCGAGCAGAAGGAUGAGCAGGCGGGAGAAGAGAUUGCUCAGUCAGAACUGAAGGAAUCCACAGCCGAGGACGCUCAAGAGGGUCCCGCUACCCCAGCUGAGCCCGAGGACAAGCAUGUGUCCUAUGCCGAUUACCUCGCGCAACAGGCCGAGAAGAAGCUCGCUCUUGGCGAAUCCCUUGAAAUCCGCAAGCCUAAUGAGGGCACCAAGGCUGAUAAGAAGUGGGCCAAUGCCAAGGCUCUCACCAAGGAAGAUGACGAUGUCUUCAUCUCCGGCACCGGCGGUAAGGUUAAGCGUGAGCGUGAGCGCAAGGCCAAGCAGCUUGUCGAGAUCGACAACCGAUACGUUGAGCCCGAGCGUACCCGAGGCGGACGCGGCGGACGUGGAGGCAGCCGUGGUGGUGCUCCCAGAGGCGAGGGUCGUGGCCGUGGUGGACGAGGCCGAGGCGAAGGCCGUGGUGACUUCCGUGGCGGACGCGGCGGUCCCCGUGAUAACGCCUCCUUCGCCCUGAGCUCGGACGCCUUCCCCAGCCUGGGUGCUUAA